AUGCCAUCUAUCACCGGAACUGGUUCCGACUCUGAGUUGCAGAACUUCCAGCAGGAGGUUGCUGCAGUCAAAAAGUGGUGGAGUGAACCCCGAUUCGCUCGCACCAAGCGACCAUACACUGCCGAAGACGUCGUAUCGAAGCGAGGCACAAUCCCGCUGCACUAUCCUUCCGACGUGCAGGCCAAGAAGCUUUGGGCUACUCUCGAGGGCCACGCCCGCAACGGCACAACCUCCCACACCUACGGUGCUCUCGACCCGGUGCAGGUGACGCAGAUGGCCAAGUACCUAGAGACCGUCUACGUCUCUGGUUGGCAAUCUUCUUCUACCGCCUCGAGCACAAAUGAGCCUGGACCUGAUCUUGCCGACUACCCUUACAACACCGUUCCCAACAAGGUUGAGCACCUCUUCAUGGCCCAGCUCUUCCACGACCGAAAGCAGCGCGAGUCGCGAGUGCGAAUGACGCCAGAGCAGCGAGCUCAGCAACCAGCUGUCGACUACCUGCGACCUAUUGUUGCUGACGCUGACACCGGACACGGAGGUUUGACUGCUGUUAUGAAGCUCACCAAGCUCUUCGUAGAAAAGGGAGCCGCUGGAAUCCACAUCGAGGACCAGGCUGCCGGAACAAAGAAGUGCGGUCACAUGGCCGGCAAGGUGCUGGUGCCCAUUUCCGAGCACAUCAACCGACUCGUUGCCAUUCGAUUCCAGUACGAUGUGAUGGGGGUGGAGAACCUCGUCGUAGCUCGAACCGACUCGGAGGCUGCUACUCUGCUCACCUCCAACGUCGACGAGCGAGACCACCCCUUCGUUCUCGGAUCCACCAACCCCAACCUCGAGCCUCUCGUAUCUGUCAUGACACGCGCUGAGCGCGAAGGCAAGAACGGUGACGCUCUGGCUGCCAUCGAGGCCGACUGGACUUCGCAGGCCAAGCUUAUGCUGUUCACAGAUGCUGUCGCUGACAAGCUGAGGCAGACUGGCGGCAAUGUUCAGGGCUUCUUGAACGAGGCUGCUCACAAGGCAAACCACGUUGCUCGUCAAAUCGCGGCCAAGUACGGUGUCGAUUCCAAGUCUGGCUUCUUCUGGGACUGGGACCACCCACGAACCCGUGAGGGUUACUACCAGUACCAGGGCGGAACACAAUGUGCCGUCAACCGAGCCAUUGCCUUUGCCCCUCACACUGAUCUGAUCUGGAUGGAGACCAAGUCCCCUAUCCUCGCCCAGGCCAAGGAGUUCUCCGACGGUGUCCGCUCUGCUGUGCCUGGUCAAUGGCUCGCCUACAACCUGUCGCCAUCUUUCAACUGGGACGCCGCGAAGCUGUCUGCCGAUCAGAUGAAGUCGUACGUCUGGGAUCUGGCCAAGCUGGGCUUCGUCUGGCAAUUCAUCACCCUUGCCGGUCUACACACAAACGCCUACAUCUCCGACCUGUUCGCCAAGAACUUUGCGGCCGAAGGCAUGAAGGCUUACGUCGAAGUUGUGCAGCGAAAGGAGAGGGAAAUUGGCUGCGACGUUCUCACGCAUCAAAAGUGGUCCGGAGCAGAGUACCUGGACGCCCUGCUCAAGGCAGUGUCGGGCGGCGUGUCCAGCACAGCUGCCAUGGGCAAGGGUGUGACGGAGGACCAGUUCAAGUAG